AUGUCAUAUAAUGGUAUAGGAUUACAAUCUGUUAGAGGCUCGGCAACGUCUGGUCAUAUUCAAAAGAAUAUUGCUAAUAAAAUAUCAAAACCGGGACAUUAUGAAUCGAGAAAAAACCAAAAAUCAUUAAUGUCAAAGAGAGCCGAUGAAGCCAAACAAUCGCAGAAUAAACGGGAAGCUUAUAAACAAAUCAAGUCCGAAUUGACUAAACAUGAACAACUACGAAGAAUUGAAGUCAAAUGUAUGGAUUUACAGGAUGAAUUGGAAGAACAAGGAGUUGAACCAGAUGAGAUAAAAGCAAGAGUUGAUGAGUUGAGAAAGAAAUUGAAUAACAAAGAGUUUGAUGAAAAUGACGCAAAAUCUCCAACAACAACAACACCACAGCCAUCACGAAAAGAUAAACAAUUAAAAGAAGAUCUUGAAAACGAAAACAAGAACAAGGAUGGAGUGUUUGAGUAUAAAAGGCGAUAUGCCGAUAAAAGAAACUAA